CGUUGGUUGCUGCAGAGUUGCGCGAAGUAGUCAUGGUGCUGUGGGAGUCCCCGCGGCAGUGCAGCAGCUGGACACUUUGCGAGGGUUUCUGUUGGUUGCUGCUGCUGCCGGUGACGCUGCUUAUCAUAGCCCGUCCGGUGAAACUCGCAGCUUUCCCUACCUCCUUAAGUGACUGCCAAACGCCCACCGGCUGGAACUGCUCCGGUUAUGAUGACAGAGAAAAUGAUCUCUUCCUGUGUGACACCAACACCUGUAAAUUUGACGGAGAAUGUUUAAGGAUUGGAGACACUGUGACUUGCGUCUGUCAGUUCAAGUGCAACAGUGACUAUGUGCCUGUGUGUGGCUCCAAUGGAGAGAGCUACCAGAAUGAGUGCUACCUGAGGCAGGCUGCCUGCAAGCAGCAGAGUGAGAUACUUGUGAUCUCAGAAGGAUCCUGUGCAACAGGUAUGCACAAGUGUCCCUGAAACCCAAAUGGAUUG